UGACUUUUUUUUACGAUAAUUUAAAUUUCAAAAUGAAAAGUCAUUUAGAACCAAAAAAUUGAAAUUUUCAUUUAAAAAAUGUCCCAUUUUGACAAUUUCAAAAUGUUUUUUUCCCAAUAUUUUUUUUUUCUAAACAAGAAAUUUGUCAAAACUGAUGCUAACAGUUCGGUUUUGAUGAAUUAGCAUUUUCCAAUGGAAAAAUGUUUAGUCAACAUAUUCACAACUAGCACUACUUGUGGAUGUAUUAUCAGCUGGAAGAAUUAGAUUUUGGAAGCUUUCUAGCCCUGCUAUUUUAUUUGUCUUGUUGAGUUCAUUAGAUAGUUAACUCUUUAAAAUGGGGAAAGAAGGGAGGAGACAAAGUGCUCUGGGUUAAGGGACAAAUCAGACAUACUUUACAGCAAUGUCUAGAUAUAGGCAAUUCAUUUCUUGUCCCUUCUCCAGAAUAACACAAAAUACACCUGCAGAGUGCCGACUAGAACCUGCUUCCCACAACUCCAACACACACAAACUGUUAUAAAAACCUGUGUUGAUGGGAGCUGUUGGGUAUUCAGCAGCUUUGAAAAUCAGGUGACUUAAGUGACUUUACAGCAAUGUAAAUGAUUACAAGAUAACUAUCACUGCACAGGAAAUAAACAUCAAAUUGCCUGCUCUGUUAUACAUUAUGCUCUGUUUGCAUCUCUUCAGUAGAUGAGAACUGUAAAAAUAAAGAUGGCAUCAGACUAAACACUGUUGAUUAAGAGGGUUUGUGUCCAGGGUACGUGUAUCCAAAUAAAAACUAAUAUCUAUAGUGCCUCUUCUGGGGAGGGACACAUACCCUGACAGCUGAAAGAACCAGUGGAGAAGGUUUACCUCGUGCAGCUUUCUGAGUAUUCCUAUGUCCAGCCUGUCACUUUACCACAGCGAACAGGAUCCACAACAAUUAUUUUAUUUAUUUUCUUACAUGGUCUAAAACAACCUGACAAAUCCUCUGCUACCAUGAAGACUUUGCUUAAAUUACAGAUUCUCAAAUCCUUGUGGAUUUCCAAAUCAAGUUGUAGGCUUUUCCAUAAACAGCCCAGGCUGCUUGCCCCAGAGCUAUUUUCACAUGACGAAUCUAUCAAGCAGGGUGAACAGCAAGUGCCCGAAUACUUUAACUUUGCAAGUGAUGUGCUGGACAAAUGGUCUCAGAUGGAAAAGGACGGAAGGAGAUCAUCAAACCCAGCCUUCUGGUGGGUAAAUGGAAGAGGAAAUGAAGUGAGGUGGAGCUUUGAGGAGCUGGGAUUCCACUCCAGAAAAGUGGCCAAUGUCCUCUCUGAUAUUUGUGGUCUGCAGAAGGGAGACAGAGUUAUGCUGAUUCUGCCCCGGAUACCGGAAUGGUGGCUGGUGAAUGUGGCUUGUAUGAGAACAGGAAUCGUCCUCAUUGUAGGGACCUCCCAAUUAACAGCUAAAGACAUUUUGUAUAGACUCCAGGCUUCUAAGGCCACGUGUAUCAUUACCAAUGAUAUGGUGGCAUCUACAGUGGACGCAGUUGCAUCUGAUUGCCAGUUUCUGAAAACCAAGUUAAUUGUAUCCGAAGGCAGAAGAGAUGGGUGGCUGAACUUUAAUGAACUAUACAAAGCACAACCUGCUGAUCACAUCUGCGUUAAAACAAAGAUUCAAGACCCAAUGAUUAUCUACUUUACCAGCGGAACCACAGGUUCUCCAAAGAUGGCUGAACACUCCCAAGGCAGUCUUGGUUUCAGACCUGUCAUAAGUGAAAGAUACUGGCUGGAUUUGACUCCUGAAGACAUGAUGUGGUGCUUAUCAGAUACAGGCUGGAUAAUAGCUUCGCUGGGAUCUGUUCUUGAUCCAUGGGUUUUCGGGUCAUGUGUCUUUGUACACAGCCUUCCACAUGUUGAAUCAACAACUCUCCUAAAUACUCUCUCCAGAUUUCCCAUCACCACUAUCUUUGGUGCUCCAACUUUGUUCCGCAUGCUGGUGCAGCAUGAUCUUACCAGUUACCAGUUCAUGAGUCUGCAGCACUGUGUGAGUGGAGGGGAGCAACUCAACCCAGAAGUGAUCGAGCAGUGGAAAAGGAAGACUGGCCUGACUAUCUAUGAAAUAUAUGGACAAACAGAAACAGGAAUAGUUUGUUCCGUUUUCAAAGGGAUGAAGAUUAAACCCGGAUCAAUGGGAAAGGCAGUUCCCCUUUACGAUGUUCAGAUCAUCGAUGAGAAUGCUAAUGUUCUGCCUCCAGGACAAGAAGGGGAAAUUGCCAUCAGAAUCAAACCUAAAAGGCCACUUGGUCUUUUCUCUAAGUACAUAGAUAACCCUGAGAAAACCGCUUUAUCAGAACGUGGAAAUUUUUUUGUCACGGGGGACAGAGGGACUAUGGAUGAAGAUGGAUAUUUCUGGUUUCUUGGAAGAUCUGAUGAUGUCAUCAAUUCUUCAGGGUAUCGUAUUGGACCAUUUGAAGUGGAGAAUGCCUUGAUAGAGCACCCAGCUGUAGUAGAAUCUGCUGCUGUCAGCAGCCCAGACCCCCUCAGAGGCGAGGUGGUGAAAGCUUUUGUGGUCUUGUCACCUGCCUUUUCCUCGUGUGACCUGGAAAAAUUAACGCUUGAGUUGCAGGAGCAUGUCAAGAAAGUUACCGCUCCAUACAAAUAUCCCAGAAAGAUGGAAUUUGUCCAACAGCUACCGAAGACAAUCACUGGGAAAAUCAAGAGGAACGAGUUAAGGAACAAAGAAUGGGGACAAAUGUAACAUUGUUGGGAGUUUAACAUAACUUUUCACUCCAGUGAUGCCAUGCAAGCUGUAACAGUUCUCAGGGUGCCCCAAACUGUGUUACCUUGUUCUCCUCCUCUUCCCCCCCCAUACUGCCACAGAGAGAGACUUGCUGGUGCUUAACCAGUCUGUUAGUCACCCAAACAAUCUCCUCAGGGCAAUGCAAGUCCUCAUUUUUCUUUGCAGAUUAACGAUAGGUGCACCCUAGUCCCCGAACCACCUUUGAAGUGUUCCCCUGUGAUAGCCAGCCUGACCGGGGAUGGUCUCUAGAUAAUACUUAGUGCUGCCACGAGUGCAGGGGACUGGGCUAGAUGACCUCUCGAGGUCCCUUCUAGUCUUAUGAUUUUAUGAUUCUGAGCUGCUGUUACAGAAAUAGUGAACCAUUUGCUAGUUAAAAAGAACAGGAGUACUUGUGGCACCUUUAGAGACUAAAAUUUAUUAGAGCAUAAGCUUUCGUGGG